AUUACAAAAAUGGAAAACUUGAAUGUAAAUACGAUUAAACAUCGGCAAGGAAAAUCGCUGAGGAGCUCGGAUAAACAAAUAGUAUUAAAUUUGUUUAAUUCUUUAACUGAAACGAAUCCAGAAGUCUGCGUGAAGGAUUUAGUGAAAAUGGUAGCACAGACAACAGGGAUAUCAGAACGGAGCAUUUACAGAAUUCGUAAAGAAUAUUUUACUAAUGGUAAAGUAAUAACUCCUUCGAAAACCCGUAAGCGUACUCAACUCGUUGACAAAUAUGACGAAUUCACAAAAUGUGCCAUUAGAGGUAAAGUACACAAUUUUUAUUUUUUAAACGAAUUACCUACUGUAGAUAAGGUAUUACAGGCUGUUAAUGACGAUCCAGAUUUACCAGACUUUACUCGAUCUACGAUAUAUAAUUUGUUAAAAUUACUUAAUUUUAAAUAUACGAACCGAAACAGAAAUAGUAGAUUAAUUGAAAGAGACGAUAUCAUUUUAUGGCGAAGACAAUAUCUACGAAAAAUAAGAGAAAUGCGUUCUUUAGGCCGUAAAAUUUACUAUUUGGACGAAACAUGGAUUAAUGCGGGCCAUACCAAGAAUAAAGUAUGGAAGGAUUGUUCAAUUACGUCUUAUCGCGAAGCUUUUAUGUCUGGACGAUCUACUGGAUUGAAAAAUCCUUCUGGAAAGGGGAAACGAAUAGUUGUUGUUCAUAUAGGCAGCAAUACAGGUUUUCUGAAUGGUGGUCUGUAUGAAUUUGAAUCAAAGUCGACAAAAGAUUACCAUGAAGAAAUGGAUAGCAAUAAUUUCAAAAAAUGGUUUGAAAAAAUAUUAUCAAAAUUAGAAAGUAAUGCUGUUGUUGUCAUGGACAAUGCUCCAUAUCACUCAGCUAAAAUUGAGAAGAUUCCAAAUUGUAGUUGGAAAAAAGCUGACAUAAUUUCUUGGUUGGAAAAAAAUAGGGUUCGUCAUAACGACAAAAUGUUGAAAAUAGAACUUUUGGAUAUUGUUAAAAAAAUAAAACAUAAAUACGAUAAAUAUAUUAUUGACGAAAUGGCCAAAGAAAUAGGUAUCGACGUGUUACGUUUACCUCCGUAUCAUUGUAAUUUAAAUCCUAUUGAAUUGAUAUGGGCAGAUAUGAAAGGUUACAUCGCACGUCACAACACAACAUUCAAACUGUCGGAUGUGCGAAUUUUAAUGAAUGAAGCUAUCGAACAAAUAAAUGAAGAACGAUGGAGAAAAUGUAUUGAACAUAUAGAAAAAGAAGAACAACGAAUGUGGGAACUUGAUGAGAUUUCAGAAACUGUUGUAGAAAAACUGAUUAUUCAGUCUAACACAAGUAGUGACGAAAGCGAUAUAAAUGAUUACUUUGAGCAACUAUGUUCUGAUACAGAUGAUUAAUAAGAGAAAGGGGCUUAACUGGUCAACACGUGUCGAGCCACUUCCGAUUGUGAUUUGACCAAUGAAAAUCUUCGGCGGAUUAAUACGACAGAAUCUUUGUUUACAGUAGCUGCCAAGUUAGGAUAAAUAGACUAUAGAACCUCUUCGUGGAAAAAGUCUCAGGAACUUCAGAGGCCGUCGUGGUCAUGGAUGCUAUCAUGCACUAGGGCCUGCAAAAUCGUCAUCAUCUGUAAUUCCAACGUUACCUUUCUACUAUCAUCUUUAUAUAUAAUAUCCUGAGUUUUCUUACAUUUCAUCAUAUCUUCCCGUUCUCCC